CUGUAUGUCUGAUGAAACGGCGCAAACAUCCAAUUUAACGGCGGAACAAUCAUUCUUAUCGGAAAAAAAGUAUUAUUUCACGAAAACUGAAAAAGGCUUACUAUUUUCGGCAACAGCUAUCGGUAAUCUUAUAGGUACUUAUCCAGUAAUUUUACUUGAAGAAAAAUUAACAAUUAGGAAAUUGUUUACAUUAUUUGGAAUGAUAUCAGCAAUUUCUACUUUUUUAAUCCCUUGGCUUGCUAAUUUUGGAUUUGAAUUUCUUUUCGCUAUGCGAUUUUUGGAAGGAUUUGCUUAUGCAUCAGCUUAUCCAACCGUUGGCACGAUUACGUCACAGUGGUCAUUAUUAGCCGAUAGUGGAAUGUAUAUGUCAUUAAUAAUGUGUCAUUUACAGAUUGGACCACUGUUUACAAUGCCUAUAUCGGGAGCCUUAUGUGUAUCAUCGUUUGGUUGGCCAGCAACAUAUUACAUUCAUGGAAUACUUACCUUACUUAUUUUCACUUUAUUUUAUAUUGUAUAUCGUGAUUCACCAAAAAUUCAUAA